AUGGGAACAGAAGUGUUUUUGACCGUCCUGAGCGGCACCAGCGGGCAGGCGCCCAGGCUGUGCCGUGCUGGCCUGACUCUGUUUGCUGCGGUCCGGCUCGGAUCCCUGGCCCUGGGUGCAAGAACCCUUUGGCGGGAUGAAGAAGGGGACCUGCACUGCGACACCGCCGCCCGGGGCUGCAUCGUGGCCUGUUUCGACACCGCCUUCCCUGUCUCCCCCUUCAACCUCUUCCUGCUGCAGAUGGCAAGUCUCUUGACCCACGGAACGGCCUGCUACUGCGUUUUCCGCCCAGCCAGCUUCCAGGGGAGGAGCGGCUGGAGGCAGGGCCCGCCCCACGGCAAGAGGCGGCUGCAGCAGCUGCACUGGCUCAGCCUCCUGGCCAAGGCAGCCCUGGAAGGGAUCUUCCUGGCCGUUUUCCAUGGACUCUACGCUCGCUACCCGUCACAAAUCCACUGCCCUCCGUCCGUCUCCUGUCCCGAUGGGGUUCUGUGCACCAUUGAGCAAGCCAGCUGGAAAGACGCGUUCAACCUCUUCGUAGCUGGGGCUUCCUGGGCCUCCGUUGCGCUGUGUCUCCCCGGGCUGUACUCGGUGGCAUCCGAAACUUUUCACUGCGCGUCGGACCCAGGAGUCAACUGGAACAGCCUCUCUUGA